AUGCAGCCGGUUGCGGCUGGCCUUCAGGCCAUGGUCUUCCAGCAAGAGCUGCAAGCAUUCCUUGAGCCAGAGCACGGCAUCCGGGUCGAAGAUACGGUGAUCUGGCGGUAUGCACGGCUGGCACAGUCUGGUUACGAGGAGACGGUGGGGCGCGGAUGUCUGGAGACAGCAUGCGGCGGGGAAAGGAUGCUAUACCGAGCAGAAGGAGACCGAGAGCUCUGGCUCGCGUGGCCGGGCUCCACGCAGAUGGCGCACUGGAUCGGUGAAUCAGGGAACAUGAAGGCAUCGGUCUGUCCCUGGCCUCUGGUCCCGCCCGUCCGUGGAGGAAUCCACACAGGAUAUGCCGAGGCCCUAAAGGACAUGGCAGACAGCUUGACGAUGCACGUCGUCGAGGCCAACAAGCCUCAAGUCCUCCGCUUGACGGGCCAUUCGCGUGGGGCAGCCCUGGCCACACUGGCAGGGCUCUUCUUGGCCAAGGUGUUCCCGGCUUUGGAGAUUCGAGUGGUGGUUUUUGGAAUGCCGCGCAUCGGGGAUGCAGAUUUCUCAGAAGCCUACCGGAAGCAGGAGAACUUGAAAUGGGCCGGGUUCCUUCAUGAGCAAGAUGUCGUAGGUUUGCUGCCGCCUUGGCUUUGUCACAUUCGCCAUCCGAUUGAGCCGGCGACCUCCUUUCAGACGAGACUUCUGGCGAGUCUUGUGGAGUCUCACAGCAUGGAGGGCUAUCUCACAUCCUUGAGAUGCGACUACAUGUUGCGCUUGGGAACACCGGCAGAGGCCCAGCAGCUACUCGAUGGCAUCCGGGACCCUUCGUUGAAAUCAGCUCUUGCUGUGUCCCUCCGGGCUCACAGCGAGAGCUCUGCAACCGUCCUACAGGAGGUGCAGCAGAUGCAGAGGCGACUGGGGGAAGUUUACCGGGAGGAGCACUGUCGGUUGAAGGCAGAGGAGAUUGUGGGCACCCUGCACUUCCUCGAGAGCAGUGGUGGUCAGGCCGACACCAUCAAGUCUAAGUUGAUGGAUGUCGAGGAGAAGUUGUACCAUCUCGCCGUGCACGCGGCAAACGAUCUUUCCAGCGAAGCCCGGGCGAAGCUCUUGGAGUUCGUCUUGCAAGCGGCCAUCGGCUGGAUCGUUCGCCUGGCAGAGGUCGGCCUGGAGAGCGAGAUUCGAUCGAAGUUGCUGGGCUUGGCCCAGAGGCUCCGAUCGCCGUUGUGGCAGCUGGCAGAUGCAUUGCCAUGCGGUGAGUUUUUCCAAGCGUUGCCUUCUCUCCAAAAGUUCGAGGCUUUCCAUGUGAAGCACACGCAGCUGGCAGAGCCACUCAUUCUCCGGGAAGAGCUCCGACUCCGACUCCUCCCCAAACAUUUUCAAGACACGACGCGCCGAAACAUGGAGAUUCGUACAUUCUUCAGAGAUCUCUGGCUGGAACAAGCACAGGGAGGUGGUGUGCAGCUUUGGAGCCAGGGAGAUCUCGGAAGCCGACUCAUCAGUAUGCUGGAGCACAUUAUCCAGGAGGUGGAGUCCGACGACCCUGACGUGGAACAAUACUUGAAUGUUGCUUAUGCAGAAGUUCAUUCGCUGCAAGAUCGCUUGGAGGCUUUGGAAGGCUUGCCGGAGGUGGUUGUCACAGGACCUACAAAUUCGGGCAAGAGCUCUCUGGUCAAUGCUCUCCUUGGAAGAGAUCUGACUUCAGCCACGGCUGUCCCUGACUCUUUGUUUCCAGUGCGCUUGGUGCCGCAUGAAGGCUCGCAUUACCGUCUCAAGUUCGACGGAUCUUGCGCAGACGAUUUUGUCAGCAACCUGGACUCCACGCUUCAGGCAUGUCUAGCAUCUGGGGAGAUGAAGACUGAGCAGGAGGUGGAGGAAAAGAUUCACCUGAUCAACUCAAAGAUGCGGGCGUUUUUCAAUUCGGAGGCUUUUCAACAAGUGUUCCACGUCAGCGACGGAUGGCUGCAGGUUUGUGCUGAUUGGUGCCUCCUUGUGGAAGUUCCUUUGGGCUGCCGCAACCUUCCCUUCACUUUGGUGGACUUGCCGGGAAACAGCGAAGGGGGCGUUGCAGGCGAGUUCAUCAAUGCGAUGAUCAAAGGCAGCUGCCGGAGAGCAAUCGCAGCUUUGCUCACGGUUGGCCCGGACCAUCUGACGGAGCUGCAGGAGAAAGGGGGCGUUGGCCCAAGACAGCGAUACUUUGCGGGAGUUGAGACCUUCGGUGGUGAUUGCGUUUUGAUGACGAAGGUUGCUUCCAAGAAACUGGAGAGAGAACUUCGACCUGAAUUGGAGAAGCACGCGCGGACACUGGAGCCGCCACCCUUGGCGGUCAAGUUCGUGAACAGCUUCCUGCUCCGUGCUCACGGCAUCAAGGAAGCGGGGCCUCUUCCUUCAGAGUUUCCUCCACAAGGAGGGGCAGCAGAGCAAGAGCGAUGCCGAUCUGCAUUCCGAGGAGCCCGUGGCCAAGACUUGGAGGACGAGGAGGACUUUGAUGGCAGGAGGAUUGAAGAAGAGCUUGUGAGGAAGUUCGCAGCCUUUCCUGACAGCUGCAGCUUCCCAUGCUUCAUAUCUGCGUUUGUGGAGAGUCACCUGCCAGCCAUGAUUUUGGAGCCUACUCUUCGAAAGAUCAGGGAGAACCUGGCGGCUGCUAAGAGCCGUCUCGAAGACAGGAUGCAGAGUUUCCGGAAGACACUGGAACAGAGACAGCGGGAGAUGGAAGCAUGUCAGGCGUUGCUGAGCCAGAGCCAAGACGAUCCCCGUCUCCUCCUGAGUGCCUCAUGCGAGGAGACUGUUUCAGGAAUUGUCGAGAGAAGAAUCGGCGCAGCAAUUUCCAGGGCAGCAAAGCUCCUAAGCACCAGCGCCGAUCAGCUGAGCAGCGCAAACCUGAACGCGGCUUUCAGCUCAGAAGUCGUCGACCUCUUUCAGAGGCAUGUUAUCAAGGGCAAACGGACCCGAUUCAAUGCCUUGGAAGCAAAGUCUUUCGACGAGAAGAUCAUGAGAUCUAUGGCCGCUGAUGUCAUCAAGUUCUUGCAAGAAGAAGCCUUGUCCUGGCUGGAGACCACGGAAGCCUGCAUGGACUGCGAGGAUGUUUUGCAUUCUGCGAGACGCAAGGUUGUGUAUAAAAGCACGGGCCGUGUGACACAUCAUGCUCAAAGCGAGAUGUCAAACGGGAAGUUUUCCUUGCUGGAGAAGAACCAAAGAGGGAGUUUGGAUCACAAGGCAGCAGGCGGGGCUGCAGUCGCCCUUGGUGGCCUUGUAAUGUUGGCUAUCGCCGCUCCCGGCUUGCUUGCCGUGGGCAUGGUGGGUGAGGGGGCAUGCAUGGCCCUUCUUGGAGGCGCAAUGCAUUGGGCGGCAGGCUGCGAGCUCGGUAAGGGCGAUUGGUCCGAGGAGUCCUGGUUGGAGCGUUUCUCGAAAUUGACAGAGGCCUUGAUGAAGUGGUACACCUCCGUGCUGAACCAGGGCCUCAAGGAGGAGAUCCAGGAGCAGCUGAGGCAUCUCCAUGCCGUCGACAUGGAUGGAGUCGAGUUGGAUGCCUUAGAGCAGAGGUGGCAGAAAGCCUCGACCGGAGUGGGACACCUGGAUGCUCUCGUCGUGGGCUUAAGACAGUCCCCUUCGGCCUCAACCUCCCUGUGA